ACAGUUGCCUCGCGGACUUAAUACAAGACUGACCUAUUUUUAAUUUUUAAUUUUUAUUUUUUUUAAAUAUGUAUCGUCCAGUGUUCCAUAUAUCAGUUGUGAUUUUAAAUUUAUACUCAUUUUGGUAUGAUCAAAUGUAUUUGGAUUUCCCUUACCCAAACAAAGAGUACGCCGAAUUAUCUUUUAAGGGACGACAAGUUUUCUUAACUAUAUGGUGUUUCACACUCCAGACAAUUUACUUCGCCGUUUCCUUCCUGAACGACAUCGUCGGCACCGACGCCCCAGCGCCCAAAAAGACACCAUUAAUCCGUACUCUCAAAGACCACUUAUUUUGUUUAGCAUUCCCUGUAGCCAUAUACGUAUCGACUGCAUUCUGGACCAUAUAUACUGUUGACAAAAAACUAGUCUUCCCAGACUAUAUCGAGAAAAUAUUCCCAGUCUGGCUGAACCAUGUUUUGCACACGUUAGUUGCAGUUUUCAUGUUUAUAGAAUUAAUCGCAACUAGGAGAAUUUAUCCUUCCAGAACAUUCGGAAUAUUUUACACUUUAUUUUUCUCGAUGUGUUAUGUCGUUUAUAUCCAUCUUUUGUAUGCCCAUACGAAGAUGUGGCCCUACCCUAUUUUUGAGGUGUUGAAUCUCGCGCAAAGAAUUUUGUAUUUCGCAAUCAGUACAGUCAUUGCGAUUGGUUUUUAUCUCAUUGGAGAAAAAUUGAAUGCUGCUGUCUCUAAGGGAAGUACAAUGCCUUAUGUCAAUGGUCAUGCUAAUGGACAUAUGAAGAAGAACAAAUAAUUGUGUGAUAACUUAGAUGUAUCGUUAUUUAUUAAAAUGUUUUUAUUUAUU